UAGGUCACCGUGUUCCCUCUUUAGUAUAUUUUCGAUGGUUUUGGUAUUACUGUAUGCUUUUAAUGUAAAAUACAUACAUAAAGAUACUUUUCACAGUAUAUUUGAUGUUCUUCAUUUUUAGUAAAACAAUGUAAAGGAAACUUCGUACAUUUUAAUCCGACUAGGAUUGUUCUCGAUUUUUGCAACAAAAUGUAUUUGUAUUAUUAUAAUUUAUAAUGUCGCAGAAAACAUUAAUGGUGUAACAAUAAAUAUAAUAAAUUUAAUUACAUCCCUAAAUAGACUGGAUCAAAUAGUGUAAGAGGUUAUAUGAAAAAUAUUGUAAAAUUUAAAAGUCAUUUUCAAGUAGGUACACAAAAAUGUUUUGUUGGGGUAAUGCUACUCAUCAUGAAUUGUUCAUUGACGGAGAAGAAAUUGUUGACCCGAUAAUAAAACCUACACUAUCUAAGUGGAAAGAAAGUGACAAUAUUCGUGGAGUGGCUACAGGAGAAUUUCAUGCUCUAUACCUUACGAAUCAUGGCAAUUUGUAUUCUUGUGGGAGUAAUGAAGUCGGUCAACUUGGAAGGCACACUGAUUCCAAAGAAGGAAGAACUCCUGCCUUUGUGGAGAAAUUAAAGGAGUUUAAAAUAUCAUCAGUGGCAUGUGGUCUUCAGCACUCAUUAGCUCUUAAUGAGUGGGGUCAACCUUACAGUUGGGGUUGCAAUAGUAUGGGACAGUUAGGACUUGAUCCAAAAAAUGAUGCAAACUCAUAUAAUGUCCCUAGUAUUGUUAGACACCUUGCCACCAAGAAUGUUGUUCAAAUUGCCUGUGGAUUUUACCAUUCAGUGGCAUUGACAAACAAUGGUGACCUUUAUGCAUGGGGAGCCAACAGUUACGGACAGUGUGGCCUGGGUACCAUGUCAAAUAAGGAAGCUGUACCUCAACAGAUCACAUCACUUCUUGGAGUGCCUAUUGCUUUGAUAGCUUGCGGCAGUAACCACACUUUUGCACUAUCCAAAUCUGGUGCAGUUUUUGGAUGGGGAAAAAAUACUCAUGGACAAUUGGGAUUACAACACAAGGAUAAUAGAUGUUAUCCAUCACAUCUUAAAUCACUGAGAGAUGUCAGAGUUUGUUACAUUACCUGUGGUGAAGACUUCACAGUUUUCCUUACAUUGGAUGGAGGCGUAUUUACUUGUGGAAAUGGAGAUUAUGGUCAAACCGGACAUGGUACAACGAGAGACGAACUUUUUCCACGAAAGGUGAUGGAGCUAAUGGGCAGUACAGUGACACAGGUUGCGUGCGGUCGUCGCCAUUUACUCUGCCGCGUGGGCGAGCGCAUACUGGCGUGCGGGUACGGCGCGCGCGGCCAACUAGGCUGUCCGCACAUGCUCGUCGCUCUACUACCCACGCCCGUAGUGUUUACGCCCGCCGAUGAUUCGCCCCCCAAGAAGAAGCCGAAGUUUGGGAGCUCCACUGCGUUUAGUUCCAACAGUGCCGGGUCUUCUAGACGAAAUUUCUCUCGGGAUGUAUUCAAUGGACCUAUCAAAGUGUUUGCGGGUGGUGACCACAGCUUUCUUCUACUGAAUAGCGAUAAGGCUUCCACGGACUUUCGGAAUCCCGACAACUCUAAGCAAAUCUUGACCAUGAGCAUUGCGAAAUUGGCUACUUGUGAAGUAUUUAAAGAUAACGAUGUAGUGAAUCAAGAUCUAAUGACAUAUUUAGAGACAGUAUUUGGCUCUAUAGCGUGCGUAAAUGGAUCUUUUCUGCUCGGCAAUAACGCACACUUCGGCUGCAACACCAAGACGCCGGGCGUGGACCUUAAGAAGGCAGAAGAGGCAUUUUCUAUGAUUAGCCGAUACGAGAACACUUCUAUUAAGGAAUUGAUUUUCAGUCACCUAACGGAGAAUAUAAUAAAGAAAAUGAAAGUAUCUCCCCCCGAUGCAGAGGCACUUAGAAUGUUCCUAACAUUGCCUCUGUACCAUGAAAUGAGGAAUCCGCGGCGGCAUCCUGAGUUGCAGGGUCCAUUCGCAGAAGCAUACAACAACUUGUCUACGCAUCCGCAGCGAAUAGUGAACUUGUGGUGGGAGGCUCAAUCGCCGGACUAUUUCGAGAUGUUGGUCGAUAUAUUCAAGAGCGUCGUCGUUUAUGAACUCAGACAGCCGUCAGUCACUGCUAAUAAGAAAAUAUAUUUCACACAUAGCAUAGUCCAGAUAUUAAAUACACUAUCGUCAUUGAAUAAAAUCAACUUCACGAAUCCGAAGAAACCCAAAAUCCCAGCGGAAUGUUUCUACAUAGAGGAUCUCUGCUCCCAUGUGGAUAUAGCCACUGACUACAUCAACUGGCUCUCGGAUCAUAGCUCAACUCAACCGCACAUGUGCAACUAUCCUUUCCUAUUCGACGUCCAAUGCAAAUCGUUGUUGCUCAAAAUCGACCAACAAUUACAAAUGCAAGUGGCGAUCAGCCGCGCCGCCACGCAGAUAUUCACGCGGUUGUUCACGGACCCUACGUACGAUUACCAUCAGGGUGAUCAGUUCUUAAGCCUGACUGUCUCUAGGAACCACAUAGUGAGAGAUACGAUGUUGCAGAUCAGUAACCAUGACACGUCGCAGCUGAAGAAACCACUUCGGGUGGAAUUCGUCGGCGAAGAAGCGGAAGAUGCCGGCGGUGUUAGAAAGGAAUUCUUCAUGUUACUCCUGAAAGAGAUCUUCGACCCUGUGUAUGGCAUGUUCAAGCAAUCCGAGGAGACCAACAUGAUAUGGUUCUCCAAUAACCCGUUUGAGGACGACAUUAUGUAUUAUUUGAUCGGUGCCAUAUAUGGUCUGGCGAUUUACAACUCCAUUAUAAUCUACGUGCCUUUCCCAUUGGUGUUGUACAAGAAGAUACUCGGCGAGUCGGUGAUGCUCGAUGACAUAUCAGACCUUUACCCGACGCUCGCGAACAGUUUGAAGAGCUUACUCGAAUAUCCAGACGACGACGUGGAAGAGGUAUUCAGCCUAUGUUUUGCCGUAAACACAGAAGUGUUCGACCAGAUACAAGUGCACCACUUGAAGGAGGACGGCGAGAACGUGCCCGUCACGCACGAGAACAAGCAGGAGUACGUCGACUUGUAUGUAGACUUCUUGCUCAACAAAUCCGUGGAGAAUCAAUUCAAAGCAUUCAACAAAGGUUUUCAGAAGGUGUGCGGAGGUAGAAUAAUAAAAUUGUUUAGGUCCCACGAACUGAUGUCGGUGGUGAUUGGCAACGAGGAGUAUGAUUGGGAGUUGUUUGAAAACAAUUGCGAAUACAAAAAUGGCUAUACCACCAGUGAUCAGCAAGUCAGAUGGUUCUGGGAAGUGUUUCAUGAACUUUCAUUGGAAGAUAAGAAAAAGUUCUUGUUGUUCCUCACUGGCAGUGACCGGGUACCGAUACAAGGAAUGAGGGACAUCAAGAUAAGAAUCCAACCCGUUGCCGACGACCGGUACUUCCCCGUGGCGCAUACUUGCUUCAAUCUCUUAGACCUCCCUAAAUACAAGACCAAAGAACGUCUCAAAUACUAUCUGCUGCAAGCCAUACAGCAAACACAAGGUUUUUCCUUAGUGUGAUACCCACUGCGAUAUAUAGGUAAAAAUUUCUAAUUCAGUUCACCAGAUUAUAAUGCGGUUCAUACAUUAGCGCAGUAAACUACAUUAAUUAGAAUUUAUUUAUUUGCUAUUCAAAUAGAGUAAUUCAAAUAGGGUACAUUGGGGUUCUUACAAUUUUGUAGUUCAACCCAUUCAACCAUCUAAAAUAGCAUGCAAAUAUGUUACAAUACAUUAUUAAUUAUUAUAUUGAUUCCUAUUUUUAAUUUAUAUUGUGACAGGGAUUUUCUAUAGUGAUAGUAAAUUUAAAUUGGUAAUGUAGGAUGUUACCUACUGUAUCCUAAGCACGAACCAUUAUAGAGUUGGAAUGGUUGAAGUCGAUCUAGAUACGCGUCAAAUGUAAAGAAGUUCGUGCUGCUGAUUUUUAAUUCCCGUUACGACCGCUGUGGCGCUGUUCAAGUUUCCCUAACAAAUUUCUCGAUGACGAUUAUAUUGGUUCGUACUAAGGGUACUGAUCUGAAAUUCGCGUAUAGUUGCGCUCGCUGCUAACCUCACUACCGUGGUAAUGUUUGAAUCGCAUUAUACCGUUGUUAAGUUUUAGGAGUGUCGCAGAUCUGUUUUCUGGCGAUAUGUUUGUAGAAAUGUUAUAAGUGACUUGCAAGGCAACGCUAAUAUAGCUUCGAAAGCUAACUCCGAACCACAAAAUUUCUUAGGACUUUUUUGAUUGUGUACAUGGCGUUUUUGAGAAUUCACUUCAAUCAUUCAAUUUAACUUUUUUACUGUAAUAUCAUGCAAUUUGUUAAAUUUGUACUUGAAGAAUAUAAAAAAAUGGCUCGUAUUAAAGAAAUCCAAAUAAAUUCUAGUGCGCAUUUGGUAUUAUUUUGAGAAUAAUGAUAUAUUAUCAAAAUAAAUACUAUUGUUUUUUAACGUGUAAUAAUAAAAAAAAAUCUAAAUACGCAAUCAGAUUGAACGCAGAAUUUCAUGCCGUCAAGAAUGUUUCGCUGCUUGCACCCAGUUAUAUUCUGUACGACUUGUGGAGUAUAGUACUUUGCCUUAUUUGGCAAAGAACAAACUUUAAAUUCGGAAUGCAUAAUAUGUUAUGCACGGAAAUAAUGUACUAGUUAGGCUUAAAUUGAAUUUGUUUUUGAAACUGAUCUUGUAAUUGUAGCACUGCUAUUGCAUAGAACCUGUGAUUUUUUUUAUUAAUUAUAUCUCAUUUGGCCUAUUUUAUAACGCAUGCCGUUUUCCAUAGAA